CUAACAGAUUCAAUCUUGCAGUCUCUCUCUCUCACUAGAAAGCUAGGGUUUGUCUCACCAUGGCGGCAGCUCCACCAAACUCUGUUCAAUGCUUCGGCCGGAAGAAAACCGCCGUCGCCGUAACUCACUGCAAGGCCGGCCGCGGCCUGAUCAAGAUCAACGGCGUUCCAAUCGAGCUCGUUCAGCCGGAGAUUCUCCGUUACAAGGCGUUCGAACCGAUCCUUCUUCUCGGCCGCCACAAGUUCGCCGGAGUUGACAUGAGGAUCCGCGUCAAAGGCGGAGGUCACACCUCUCAGAUCUACGCCAUCCGUCAGAGUAUUUCGAAAGCGCUUGUUGCGUAUUACCAGAAGUUUGUUGAUGAAGAAUCGAAGAAGGAGAUUAAGGAUAUUUUGGUAAGGUAUGACAGGACUCUGCUUGUUGCUGAUCCGAGACGGUGUGAGCCGAAGAAGUUUGGAGGUCGUGGUGCUCGUGCUAGGUUCCAGAAGUCGUACCGUUGAACACAGAGUAAUAUUAUUAUGUUUUUGUUCCGUUUUGAAGUGUUUUGAGACUUUUGGUAUGUUUAAUUUUGCUCUAUUGCUGUUAUGACUGUGUUUGGAUCGUUUAUGCUUCUUUUUUUAUAAAAUUUAUUAGGUUUAAACUUGAUUA